UUUUUCUUUUCCUCUUCUUCCUCUUCCUCCUCCUCCUCCCACUUCUCUACUGUCUUCCUUUUCCUUUUUUUUUUCUUUGUACUUUACGAUCGAUCGCUAAUAAAAUGAACUCCCAGAUUAUGAACAUGGCCUUGGUGAUGGGCUCAAUGCAGAUCACUAACCGCUUGGAUCUUGAGGACACAAAGACCAAACAGCUUAUUCUUGGAGCGUAUGUCACAGCCCAAGCUCUUGUUCUCGGCAUUUCAUACCUUAUCAAGCGUCGUAUCUUGGCCAAGAAAGACACUACCGUCCUCAAGUACUUAGAUCAGCCCAAGCCCUUGUCGGGAGAACAACCCAAGCUUAUCACAACCACUGUCAUGGCCUACGACCUUGAACAAAACGCUCAGGCGCAGAAGCAAGCCCUUAUUGGUCUGGCUCUCAUGGUCUUCUUGCAUUUCCAGUUUGGUGUUAUUCGUCCUCUUGUCGUUCAGUCUAUUCUUCCUGUCAAGAACGCACUUCAAAGCAAGUGGGCCCAGGUUCACUUGUUUGGCAAGCCCGCAGAGGGUGAGUUGAAACGUCCUUGGAAGGCCGAUAACCCAUUCGCUGCUUUGGCCGGUGGACAGGAGCCUCAGUCCGAGGCUGCCGAGAAGGCUGCUAUCAAGAAGGCUGAGAAGGCUGAGGCCAAGGCUACCGGAAAAUCCGAAUCAAAGAAAGACUUGUAAAGAAGCAAAUAGUUUUAAUAAAAUCAUAGUACAUUGGACAUAUCAUCUUCUCCAAUAAAGCAAAUAGAAAACCA